AUGCCCUCGGACUUCAUCUCUCUCCUCAGCGCCGACCUCGACCUCGAGUCCCCUAAGUCCCUCUACUCCAAGGGUGAGUCUCUGGUGGGCCUCAGGGGGGCGGUGGGAGGGAAAGAGCGCCGCCGCGUUGCAUCGACGACUCUGGACUCCGGAGCGGCCUCCUCGCUCGCUCGGUCACCGUUGUUUCUCAGGAAUUUGUCCCGACCCUGUGGGGCGUGUGCGAGAAGGAGGCCGCUCCGGAGGGACGGGGAGGGGCUGCUGCCCCCCCCCCGCUCGACCAAGGUGAGGAAGGGGCGCAGUCGCCGUUAAUAAGGUCACUUUUCGGGUGGGGGCGGGGCUGCGCUCUACACGUGCUCAGAGGCCCCCUGCUUUCAUUCGCUGUCUAUCAAUUGCCAGAUUAGCAUCCUUCUUUUUGGCGGCGGUGGCGGUUCACAAGUAAGGUCCGAAACCCUCAUGUUUCGUUGAACCAAGAGAGAGUUUCUAAAUAGGGCCCCGUUCUCACUUUUAUUCUUCUGAAUUUCCCAUCAGCUUCCGUUCCUUCCUGCCAUCAAUAGGUCUGUUUAUUAGCUUGUUACUUUCUAUCCUACCUUUCUUUCAAGGAGCUCAAGGCACCCUACAUGGCCCUCCCCUCUCCAUUUUAUCCUUUCAACUGCCCCAAAGAUGCUUGAAGAGUUUCAUGGCUGAAUGCAGGUUGAUGCUGCCUCUCCUUGUUCCUACUUCGGUAGAUGAACAAAUUGUGAAAAACAAAUGAUCAUGAGUCUGUUGCAGCCAGCUAUGGUAUUGGGCCCAGUGUAGCAUGCCACAGAGAGUUGGCCUGAAAAUGCAGGAGUUAAGUGGGGAAGUCGAGUAUGUUGGCCUCCUAGGAGGAAAGAGAGAGAAAUGGUAGAUUUUUUCUUUUUCCCUCACUUCACCUUGAUCCUGGUAACCGCUUGGUUCAUCUUCUGAAGGAGCUCCAACAGGGAGAAAAAACGAAGCAAACAUUGAAGUAAGGCUAGCAACCCUGUAAAAUAUUUUGCCCAAAAUAAUGGCCAGGGUCAACUAGCUUGCCACACUGCCCUCACUCCUUUACACAUAUCACACAAGAGACACAAAGAGAGAAUUCAAAGGAAAACAGCAGUGUACUUAUGGAAGUCCAGCAGGUUGUUUUAACAUGGUAUGAGAAAAAGAUAUUAUUUUAAAGUUCAGCUUGUACAACUAGAUCAUGACUUUUUAAAAAUGUAAAAAUAUUGCAGUUGCCUUAAAGCAAGCAUUAUAAACUCCCGAAACAGAGGGUUGAUUCAACUCGAUUUCUCAUUUUCUGCACAAAAUGCAGGAGUUAUUUCCAUUCAUGCCCCCAAGGAAAAUAGGUCAGACUCUCCAAUGAUCUUGUGAAAUCUAGAGCGACAAAAUAGGUUUGUUGGGUAUUCAGACCAAUGUUUCAGGUUUACUCAGUAUAUUUCUUCACAGCAUUUCUUGCACUGUUAGACUAAAGUCUGAAUGGGCCCCCAAGGCUAAAAGAAAUCAGUGUAAUGAAAAUAUGGAGCCAGGGCAACCAAUUGCCCACUUGUAUUCCUAUAGGCCUUACUGUUAUAUUUAUAUGAUGGGUUUUUGUCCACUUAAAUGUUCACUUAAAUUGUAGAUUUUCAACAUGUGAUUUGACACUUUUUUGUUCCGUUUUCGCAAUAGGGCAGGUCUGUGGUUCUUAAAAUAUGUGCAAGGGUAUGGGCAGUUACUGAGGUUGUCUGAGUGGGAUUACAAAAGUUCUAAUAAUCCCUGCUUUCAGAGAAAUGCAGCAGCUGUGUGAGUUAUUGAUUGACUUUUGCAUUGAAGGGAAAAGAAGCAUGACAAGUCUUUGAAUGAAGUGUUUAUUAAGCUUUCCUUGGCUUCCUCAGCAGGAUGGGAUUUCUCCUGUUUUCUAGUAUGAGAAGUAGGAACUAUAGUUGGGCUUCCCUUGGCCUUGUCAAUAUUUGGAGCUUGUGGCGUGUUGGAUGUGUCAACUGCUCCUUUAGCCAGGGCUGGCCUUGAAGAUUCAUUUCUGUGUGGAUGACAGUGAACACAGCAAUUGUUAGCUUGUGGAAGAACGCUGGGGCCCAGGGACAGCAGAUGCAGUUCUUGUUUGUGCUCUCCCGCUUUUUGGUAAUAAACUAGAGGCAUAUGAUUGAGGGGGAUAGAAGGAAAUUACUGAAAAUAUGGCCUAGUUAGUAAUCCUGACUUUUGUUGUCAAAAUAUGUCAAAAGUCUGUGUAAAAUUUAGAUUGGGAAAAGUAUAUAAAGCCUUUGAUUAUAACCAGUGCUUAUUUUGUUUUCAAUUUUCGUUCAAUGUACAAACAAAAAAAUAAGUCAAGGCUAGAAAAGAAAGGAUUGAACAGGCUGAAAGUGCUCAGACGAGAAUGAUUUCUUGUGAAAAACUAGUUUUGAACAGGACAAUGGUAAAUACUAAUCCUGUCUCUCCUCUUCCCAGACCCAACAGACAUCUCUUUAACAGUAUAACACAAUCCUAUACAUUUCCCAUCGAAAGUAAGUCCCAUCAUGUUCAAUUGAGCUUACUCCCAAGAAAGUAGGUAUAGAACUGCAGCUCAAAGUAGUGAAAUUGGCAGUGGAUUAGUGUACACUGUCUAACUCUAGCUAAUAUGUUAACAUUUUUAUAUACCUACUCAGAAUAGGUUUGUUUUUUACUGUGACAAAAUAGGUAUUUAUUUAUUUGUUUCAGAGUUUUAAUAUCCACCUUCUUCCAGAGCAGAGCUCAGGGCAGUUUGCAACACAAAAUACAGUAUAAACACGAAUAUAGGAAAAUAAUGCAGGACAAAACUAUUCUAAAAACAACACUAAAUUUCAAGUACAACUAACACAAACAUCAUCAAGUUCCAAAGACUUGGACAAAUAGGUAUGUUUUUACCUGCUGUUUCAAAGUAGCCAAUGUGAAGGAUUGUUGUAUCUCUACAAUUCUAUGAUCUCAGUUGAGAAGGGUUCCAUAAAUCAUACAGGUGAAACUCGAAAAAUUAGAAUAUUGUGGAAAAGUUCAUUUAUUUCAGUAAUUCAACUUAAAAGGUGAAACUAAUAUAUGAGAUAGACUCAUGACAUGCAAAGCGAGAUAUAUCAAGCCUUUAUUUGUUAUAAUUGUGAUGUUUAUGGCGUACAGCUGAUGAAAACCCCAAAUUACCAAUCUCAGAAAAUUAGAAUAUUAAAUGAAAUCAGCCUGACCUGAACCCCAUAGAGAAUCUAUGGGGCAUUGCCAAGAGAAAGAGGAGAGACAUGAGACCGAGCAAUGCAGAAGAGCUGAAGGCUGCUACUGAAGCUUCCUGGUCUUCCAUAACACCUCAUCAGUGCCACAGGCUGAUAGCAUCCAUGCCACGCCGCAUUGAGGCAGUAAUUGAUGCAAAAGGGGCCCAAACCAAGUACUGAGUACUGAGUACAUGUGCAUGCUUCUAAAGUACAUGUGCAUGGACUUCUCAGAGGUCCAAUAUUGCUCUAUUUGCGGUCCUUGUUUUGCUGAUUUCAUUUAAUAUUCUAAUUUUCUGAAAUUGUUAAUUUGGGGUUUUCAUCAGCUGUACGCCAUAAACAUCACAAUUAUAACAAAUAAAGGCUUGACAUAUCUCGCUUUGCAUGUUAUGAGUCUAUCUCAUAUAUCAGUUUCACCUUUUAAGUUGAAUUACUGAAAUAAAUUAACUUUUCCACAAUAUUCUAAUUUUUUGAGUUUCACCUGUAGAAUGUAGAGUUGGAAGGGACCUUGAGGGUCAUCUAGUCUAACCUCCUGCAAUACAGGAAUCUUUUGUUCAUCAUGGGGCUCGAACCCACAACCCAUCAGGGCUUUUUUUUCAGGGGGAACUCACAGGAACUCAGUUCCAGCAGCUCUCUGGUGGGCACCAUUGUCAUUCCAAGAGAAAAGGAGAGGUGUUCUUGGUGAGUUUUGGCACCUCUUUUUCUAGGAAAAUAGCACUGGUUGGGAUCAUGAACAGAGACUCUACACCAGACCUUAAUGCUUGGUGCUACUUAGCACUACUGUCCCAAUGUUAUUGGUUUUACCAAAGAGUAGAAGUAACAUUGGAUACAACCUACCGUGGCUCAAAACUGCAGAGCAGUCACGCAAAAUAAAAGUGAACUUUGUCAUCAAAGAUAACUUAGCAACACUGGAAGCAUAUGAAUCUAUUAUCUCAAACUAUUUAGAAGGAGAAACUUUAAAUCCUAUUUGCAGACUGUAAAGUGAUGGAAAUUGUUUGUGAAUCAGAUGACUGAUUUUCAGUGACUUAAAUUUACAUAUUACCAACCCUUCAUAAAGAGCCUUGUUAUUUACUUUCAUUUUUUAUCCUUGCUGUUUUUAUAGUAACGCAUCAGAAAAAGUUGCUUUAAAUAAUGAACAAAUUAAAAUAACCUCCUACCAAUUAAUCAUCUAAUGCUUUAGCUAAUUGAUCUACCCAUUAAAGAUGACUUCCUAAACUAAACUAAGAUAAAACGUUUUACGCUACCGUCACCGAUUUUGUCAUAGCUGAAUCUUCACCAAGGAGAGGUUUCUUUGAGUUACUUGAGAGUUGUGAACAUCACAGUCUAAAAUAGUAUGAUAUUUGUGGUUUUUUCCUUUGCAUAUUUAUAUUUCACCCUUGCUGUGGCAAAUUGAGUGCAGUUUCUAAAAGAUCUUGGCAAUUCACUUGUUGUUUUUGUGGAGUCAAAUCUUUGUACUUAUUAUAGCAGGAGGGUUGCAGGCUCCUGAUAAGGGUCAAAAGAGAUGUGGCAGUAAGCCAAGACAAGAAAUUGCUUUGAUUGGAAUGUGUUUGCCUUGUCUGUAAUAGUAGAAAGUAAACUAAACUAUGUGUAUAGUACUAUGUUUUACACUUGGUGUUCUUGGAUGGAUAUAAUUAUAUUAUUAUUAUUAUUAUUUAUUUAAUGCUAUAUGCCUGCAGUGUAUUAAUUUACUGUACCCAGGAAACUUAGUGUGAUCUUCUGCAUGCUUACUCCGCAGUAAGUCCCACCGUGUCUCGUAGAAUUGCUGCCUUGGUAUAUGUGUCAGCUGUGUGUGUGUGUGUGUGUGUGUGUGUGUGUAUGUUUUACUCUUAUGCAGUGGCAACAGUUCCUGGUAACUUUAUUGAUUCUUGCUGAUUCAGUCAUGGUUAUUGUAGUGGUGGUUUGAAAUCUACCAUUGUCAUUCUAGAGUAAUUGCUUUUGUUGGUCUUUUGCAUAGGUCUUAGAAUCAUAGAAUUGUAGAGUUGGAAGUGACCCUGAGGGUCAUCUAGUCAAACCCCCUGCAGUGCAGGAAUCUCAACUGAAGCAUCCAUGACAGAUGACCACCCAACCACUGCUUAAAAGCCUCCAAUGAAGGAGAGUCCACCUCCUUUUGAAGGAGUCCUUUCCACUGUCAAACAGCUCUUCCUGAUCUCCUUUCCUGUAACUUGAAUCCACUGGACUGGGUCCUAGCUUCUGGAACAGGAGAAAACAAGCUUGCUCCAUCUUCCAUGUGACAGCCCAUUAGAUAUUUGAAAAUGGCUAUCAUAUCUCCUCAGUCUCUUCUUUUCUGGUGAAUAACUUUAUUUGCUUAUUUUGAGGCAUUUUAGAAUGUUCUCUUCCUUUUUUUCUUUUUAAAAGUGUGCUGAUUUAUAAUCAAUGAUUAUAAAUCAAUAAUAGAGGUCUUUAUUUUAUUUUAAACCUGUUGUAGUCUAAACAGUUAUUUUUCAAUUCUUGUUGGCUAGACCAUCGUUUUCCGAACAUGGUCCCCUUCCAACCUUGUUUCCUUCCUGUGCCCCCACAAUAAGUUUUUUUAUAAAAAAAAAUCACUACAGAUAUGAUGUUAUGCCCCCCCCAACAAAUCCUACUGGUAGAAAGGUAGCUAUUUAAAUGUUUUGUUUGUGAAUAGAACAUGUUUUAUUUAUAAUUUUUUUUACAAAAUACAAUUACAUAAAAUGAUAGGAACAUAAUGAAAUAUUGUUGAAGGAGAAAAACAUAGAAUCAUAGAGCUGGAAGGGACCCCAGGGUCAUCUUUCUAGUACAACUCCAUGCAAUGUAGGAAUCUCCGCUAAAGCAUCCAUGACAGAUGGCCAUCCCUCCUCUGCUUAGAAACCUCCAAGGAAGGAGAGUCCAGAACAUCCCAAGGGAGAUCCAUCUUCCAUGUAUUACAAAAAUAAACAACACUUAUUUGACCCCAGUUAUUUGACACAGAGGGGGAAACCUAUAGAUACAGUUCAAAAGGAACACAAGGAGUGCUGUAUAUACAGUAUGGGAGAAUUUUAAAAAGCAAGUGGUCCUCAUUGAUCUGGUGCAAAAAGAUCUUGUUAUCCCGAGGGGCCCCGGGUGAUAGCACACUAUAAUCCCCCACACCCUUACCUGGGAGUAAGGCCCACUGAACUCAGUGUGGCUUUCUUCUGAGUAGACGCUUAGUUAUUUACUAGAUGCAAGUCAGUAGCACCAGAUGACCCCGCUCAGCUAGGCACUGGGGUGGAUUUCACCCUGCACCUUGCAGAGCCAUGCCAACACUGCCGACAGGCCCUGUACCCCUCAGCAGCAUCUGAAGGCCCUGAUCCACUAGGCGCUGGGGUGCAGUGCACCCUGCACCUUGCAGAGUCAUGCCCAAGCUGCCACUGGGCCCAGCACUGGCAGCAGCAACAAUCAGCUCUGGCUCGCCCAGUCCUACCCAUUGCCACUCCACCACUGCAGUAAUCUGACCUUUGGUUCUGGAUCACGGGCUCUACUGGUCUAAAUGGGAGCCUCAGCAAUCGUUCUCUCCCACUGGAAACAAACCAGGACACGCACGUGGCAAAAAGGAGCAUUAGGCCCUGGUGGGGCACCCACAUACCCGCUUGUGAUUGGCCAAGCAGAUAGCCAGCCAGUCAGAUUUUAAAAAAUGAUUCCCCCCCCUUCACUUCUCACUUUCCUCUGUGGCCCCCUAGCCUCAUGCUGUGGCCCCAUUUAUGUGAUCUUCACCUGUGGCCCCCCUGAAAUAUCCUGGGGAGUCCCAGUGGGCCAUAUAGCCCCCAGUUAGGAAAAUCUGGGCUAGACUGUUUUCAAUUAGCAAACAUUAUAAUAUUCUUACACUUUACUGUUUCUUCAUUGUACUGUCUUCAUUAGCAGCCAUUUCACCUGCACCCAGCAAGUGAAAAGUGACACAGCCAAUUGGCUGGGGCCAAGUAUAACUUGGCUCCUCCUGUCUUAGAACUGUCUCCUGUAGGGAACAUUCCACCUACCGUAUUUUUCGCACCAUGGGGCGCACCGGAACAUAGGGCGCACCCAGUUUUUAGGGGGGGAAAUCAAGGAAAAAAAAUAUUUCCCCCCUCCAGCCCCAAAGAGCAGUGUACAGGCUGCACACAACCUCUCCCUGCCAGAGGGGUUGUGCGCAGCUAUGGAAGAAGGCAAGGCAGCGAGCGGGAUGGAUCCCGCUCGCUGUUUUGGCUUCCCCUUUAGCCCCGUGCAGCCUCUCCUUGCCGGGAGAGGCUGCGUGGGGCUAAAGAAGCCAUAGCCCCGUGCAGCCUCUCCUUGCGGAGGGGUUGCGCGCAGCUAUGGAAGAAGGCAAGGCAGCGAGUGGGAUGGAUCCCGCUCGCUGUUUUGGCUUCCCCUUUAGCCCCGUGCAGCCUCUCCUUGCCGGAGGGGUUGCGCGCAGCUAUGGAAGAAGGCAAGGCAGCGAGCGGGAUGGAUCCCGCUCGCUGUUUUGGCUUCCCCUUUAGCCCCGUGCAGCCUCUCCUUGCCGGGAGACGCUGCGCAGGGCUAAAGAAGCCAUAGCCCCGUGCAGCCUCUCCCUGCCGGAGGGGUUGCGCGCGGCUAUGGCACAAGCCUGCAUUCGCUCUAUAGGACGCACACACAUUUCCCCUCAAUUUUUGGAGAGGAAAAACUGCGUCCAAUAGAGCGAAAAAUACGGUAAUCAUUAUGACAAUUCUAAAACUGUAUGUAAGAAUUGUUUCUAAAUUUGCUUAUUUUUCUCCUCUCUUCCAAUGAUUUUUGUUAUCAUGUCUGUUAAUUAUAAACCUAUAGGCAGAGCCUAUGCCUUUUGAUUUUUGUACAGUGUCUAGAAUUUUAGGUGCUUUUAAAUAAGAAUUGUAAUAAAACACAGGAUUCUGAAUAUACAUGAAUUAUUAUUUUCACGAUCAAUCAUUUAACUAAACCGUUUUCUGAGUCCAUGCAGCAGCUUUUGUAUUAGUCAAGUCUUGAGAUAAUAAAAGUUACUGAUUUCAAAUCUGGUAAGGAGUAUGACAGCUGCCUUACAAGGUGGAUGGCAGGCUUCCUUCUCCCCUGCAGUAACACCAGAAAUCAGAGUAAUCUCUUCUUACUUGUAAAGUUUAAACUCUUAAAAUUUUAGAAGAGUUGUAACAUCUUCAUUACUUUUAUACAGAAUAUUUAUGUUCAUUAGCAGGGGUGAUGGGUACUUGCAAAGACCCAUAGAAACAAAGAUCUGUAUAUGUAUACUGUUAUAUAUAGUAUGUGCAGGAAUACAAGUUUUCAUAAUGUAUUUUUGGGGGUCUCCGGGAAAAUUUAAAGAAGAAAACUUAAUAGAAAAAGAAAAAGAAAGAUCUGUUCAUUCUUGUAAUUGUUUAUAAAUUGUAGCUCCCAGGCAAGUACUUCACGAAUUUUCCUUAAUUAUAAUAGUUGAAGUCAAGAGAGAGUGAGUACUAACAUUUUCUUGAUCAUGUUUAUCCUCUUAGUCAACUUUGACAUAUUUGGUAUAUUGAACUGAAUUCAUUGCAGGCUGUAGCUAGCAUAUUGUAGCUCUCCUAUAUUCUAAAUUGCUUACAGGGUGUGUUAAGAAUUAUUACAUUUGAGAGGUCUGUAGAUCUUGCCUCUGCUGUUUUGGUUGAAUCUAGUUUGUAACUGAGUUGUAUUGUCCUGUGGGCACUGGAUUUCUCUGGGGUGAAUAAAUACUUAAGGACAGUUGGGAUCAGUUUUCUAUCCCACAUAGAUUCCUUACUUUCUAUUUGGAGUAGACUCAUUGAAAUUAAUGGAACUAAUAUCAUUUAAUUUGAGUAGAUCUCCUAUGAGUAGAACUAGCAUUGCCUACAACCCCUUCUUUCUUUAAAAAGUAAAAAGCCUAGCUCAUGGAAAUAGAUAAAGAAACUUGCUUGUAAAUAUUGCUGGAAGUUCAGGUGACCAAGAAACUUAUAAAACUCAUCAGCCAAAAAAACAAACAACCGUUUUGGGAGAUGCAUGGUAUAAGGUUCACUGACUGAAGUUCUAACUAACAUCUUGUAUCAGGAUAAACUCCAUCCAGAGUGUAAACUUCAGAUUAUGAGCCGUUAUUCUGUUGCAGCAAAAACAGACUCCCAUAGUACCUUAAAGAUUUAGCAGAUUUAUUUAUGAAAGCUUAUGCAAUAAUAAAUUUAUUAGUCUUAAAGUGCUACAGGUGUAUUCUUUUUCUGACCUGUUCCUGCAAUUCCUCCAAGCUUGCUGGUGCUUUUAUUUCUUUGCAUACUAUUGCUUUUCACAAACAACAGUCAAAAAUUAAUUCCACAGCAAAUAGUAGUUCUUGUAACACUAUGGUUGAUUUUUUAAAAAAAUAAUAGUUUUAAAGAUAAAUACUAAAGCUACACCACUGUAUCCAUGGUCAUCAUUAGCCAGCUAAAAGUCUUGACAUAACAGGAAAGUUACAUUGAUAGACUUGUUAACGUAGGCUGUGUUUACUACAGAACAGGAGACUGUAACCUGGCAAGGACUGAGCAGUAGUAAAUGCUAUUAAUAGGCAUCUGUGCCGAGAAGCACAAAUUGCAGAAUCUGGUGAGGACCUAUGGUUGUAUCCAACUAAAUCCUACUCAGGAGCACACCCAUUGAAAUUAAUAAACCUAAGUUUGUUGUGCCAGUUAACUUCAAGGAUCUACUCUGAGUAGCAUUGGAUACCUGUCCUGGUCUUUAUGAGAAUUUUCGCCUCUCUUCUGUUCCAGCAUCGAUAGUGGUGAAGGAAAAACUGGUGUGCUGGAAUUGCUAGAGAGCAAAAGGGUCUUGGGUAGGGUUCUAGUGGUUGCUUAAUAGAUGCUUUCAAGUGGCACUGGGUUUUUGUUCUCUCAAGUUUAAAACUGGCAAAUGAAAUCCCUCAGAGAGUUGCUGUCUGGCUGUUCCGUUAUUAGCCCAACCCAAAGGCAAAACAGUGGUUUGGAGAAAAGCAUUUGUGGCUUUGUAGGGGCCAAAUAUGAACAUAUUUGUUGUUCAUAGGGGGAGCAGACUUGGGCUUUUAGUGGCCUCGCUUCACUGAACAGGCAUAUAACUAGAGACCAUAUAACGAGACCAUAUAACACCAGUCCUGAAAGAUCUACAUUGGCUCCCGGUACGUUUCCGAGCACAAUUCAAAGUGCUGGUGCUGACCUUUAAAGCCCUAAACGGCCUCAGCCCAGUAUACCUGAAGGAGCGUCUCUGCCCCCAUCAUUCAGCCCAGACACUGAGGUCCAGUGGGCCUUCUGGUGAUUCCCUCACUGAAAGAAGUGAGGUUACAGGGAACCAGACAGAGGGCCUUCUCAGUAGUGGUGCCCGCCCUGUGGAACGCCCUCCCAUCAGAUGUCAAAGAAACAAACACUAUCUGACUUUUAGAAGACAUCUGAAGGCAGCCCUGUUUAGGGAAGUUUUUAAUGUUUGAUGUUUUAUUGUGUUUUUAAUAUUCUGUUGGGAGCUGCCCAGAGUGGCUGGGGAAACCCAGCCAGAUGGGUGGUGUAUAAAUUAUUAUUAUUAUAGCACCUAAUCCAUGCUGCUUCUCCAUUUCCCUCUUACUUUGUUUCCAUUUUUUAUCCCAGCUGUUAUUGCUAGAUUUUUUUUAUUACAGAAUUUAAAAUGAUUUUUCAAACAAUUGGAUUCUAUACACAGUAGCAGCGGAGCCUCAGUUGUAGUACUAGGUAGGAUACUUCCAAUAUUCACAGCUGAGUAAAAAUAAUUGUGCAUGGUGCAGAGAAGAACUAUAAAAAUGUGUCAAGGGCUAGGAAUUUCUAGAAUGAAAAUUUUGAGGUUGUUAGUCUGUUCAGCAUAUCAUAAGAUGGGGUAAAGGUUAAUCCCCUUAGGUUUUAAAAGCUUCCAUUGAUGUACUGCUUUUCUUCUGCAUGUGCCUUUUCAUGUGCCUAGUAUGUAUUUGGUUGGAACAGUAUAGCACAUUCCAGUGUUAGCUUUGUUUGUUCCAACUAACACUCUUGAGUAAACAUUCAAGUAUCUGUAAAAACCUUAUACAUGCUAGGGUGUGUUAAUAGUAAACCAUGUCUUCCUACAUAAGCACAGUAAGAAAGUUAAGUUUCUGCAUGAUAACUUGGGUUUGUUGGCUUGAAAAUAAUGGAUUCAAUGCUUUCAAAUUAGUAAUGAAUUCAAGAUAUAAGAAUGGAGAUCCUGACUUUCUGGCAGUAAGAGCUGUUUGACAGUGGAACAGACUCAUACGAGAGGUGGUGGACUCCCUUUGGAUGGCCGUCUGUCAUAUACAAUAUGAUACAAAACUGCCUCGGUCCUGUAUACCUGAAGGAGUGUCUCCACCCCCAUCGUUCAGCCUGGACACUGAGAUGCAGCGCUGAGGGCCUUCUGGUGGUUUCCUCAUUGCGAGAAGUGAGGUUACAGAGAAGCAGACAGAGGGCCUUCUCGGUAGUGGCGCCCACCCUGUGGAACACCCUCCCUUCAGAUGUGAAGGAAAUAAGCAGCUAUCCUAUCUUUAAAAGACAUCUGAAGGCAGCCCUGUUUAGGGAAGUUUUUAAUAUUUAAUGCUGUACUGUUUUUAACAUUUGAUAGGGAGCCGCCCAGAGUGGCUGGGGAGACUCAGCCAGAAGGGUGGGGUAUAAAUAAUAAAUUAUUAUUAUUAUUAUUAUUAUUAUUAUUAUUAUUAUUUAAUUGAGAUUCCUGCACUGGAGGGGGUUGGACUAGAUGGCCCUCGGAGACCCUUCUAGCUCUACAAUUCUGUGAUUCUAAAAUUGGUUUAACAUCUACUUACAGCAAAGCUCUCAUAGUUGGUGUGAUGGGCAUUCAUGCAGGCAGCAAUUUGUCAUUAGUUUUGAGCCAGCUGUAUUGCUUUCCAUUAAUACAGAGGAAGGAAAUUACCUCCUGAAUACCUUAAUCUUGUUCAGAAUGGUUUGCUUACUUUUGAACUUAGGCCUUGUUUUUCUACAGUAUGGCCCUCAUAGAAAUCAAAAUUACAGAUGAAGUUCAUAAUAAGAAUGAGAGAAGGUAUAUUUCAGGUGUGGGGAACCUUUGGCCCUCCAAAUGUUGCUGAACUUGAUGGGCUGAUGGGAGUUGUAGUUCAGUAAUAUUUGGAGGACCAAAGGCUCCCCAUUCCUGGAAUUGGUGAAUCAGAUGAGAGUAUGCUUGUAGGGACAGCAUGCAUUUCUUGGCUCUGAAGUUCUGCUUCUGUUUCCAAACCAAGUAGAGGGGUCAAGUUCAGAAGGAGAAUUUACAUGUAAUUCAAUAAUGGCAAAAGGAAGAAGGGAUAGUGCUAGAAACUCAGAUAUUAGCUGGGCACCAAAUGGCACCUUAAAUGUAGGUUGCAGUCACCACAACGGAAUGUCUGCUUGACAGGGGGUUGGACUAGAUGACCCUUGGUGUCCCUUCCAGUGCUACAAAUCUACGAUUCUAUGAUCUCAACUACAUUGCUUGCUCUUACAACAAUUCAUUUAUCCUAGUAUGCAAGAAGGAGAAACUCACUGUGGAAAUGGAAAUUGUAUUAACAAUGGACUAAGGCAGAGGUUUUUAACUGUGGUUUAUGAGUUCCAUUUGGGUGGAAUGGCUGUAGUACAGUCAAAUACAUCCGUACUCAGACCUGUACUUACUUCCCUUGAUGUGAUGAUGGAGGACUGUAGGCGAGUCAGCUGGCUCGAUGGAGAUGUCAAUCACCAACCUGGCACCCAGAAAUCUCCACGUAGUCGCAAUUGGACCUGCACCAGACAUUUUGGUAGCGGUGAUAGGAGGAAGAAAGCCGCUUAGUUAUCAAGAUGAUAAAAGCAGCAAAAGUUGGUCAACAAGAUACUACAUUGCUAUAUUGUAUAUAAUUAGUUCAAAACAUGUUUUUAUAAGUUAAUUACUUCUAAAAUGUUGAAAUAAUGUUUAAGAAAAUCAGCAUAUUUUAUUCAAGUAUACAAAAAUACGUAUGUAAAGUUGAAUUUUAGGGACAAUUGUGUUAUUAGGGGAAAUAUUUAAACAAUAUUGAUUGGAAUCCAGAGAAUAUUUUAACCAUGAAAAAUACCUAGAAGGCAUUUUGACUACUUUCGACAUUUUCCUCCAUUUCAAAAGAGUGGUUUGCUCUAUAGCAUGGUAGCCUUCUGACAGAGAAGCAGAAGCCCACAGCCAUAUUGGUUGCAUGUGCUCAGUUGUGCAAUUCUUUGCAUUCUGACUGUUGUGUUUUGCUCUGAUGGCUAUCUGACUUGCUCUACUGUUCUCAGAAAAAGAGAUGUGUACAGAUUAUGUUGACCAGAUGGUAGAUAUUUGGCUUUUACUUAAAGGGAUGGAAUCCUUCUAAACCCUUUCAGCAACUGAAGAUAUGUAUGAUGUGAAAAAUAUGAUUUAAGGAGGGGAAAGUGCUCCUCUAGUUUCAGAUAUAACAAAGGUGGAUAACAAAGCCCAUUUGGAAAGUAUGCUAGCUAAGGUGACAAUACAAUUCAGAUUCACUGGUGUUGCUUGAUAGUUGGAAGUUCUGAUAUUCUCUCUUCUUAGAUCAAGGUCCUAUACCUAGAAGCUGAUGUGUUUAUUUCAGCAAGCAGUACAGUAGUAAGAUGCUAGAAUGAUUAGCGUAUGUGUAGAAUGCUGGCAGUUAUUCUUGGCUGUCAUAAUCUUUUAGAAAGCUAAUGCGCAUCAGGCAUGCAACUGGUAUGUUUUCCAGUGCAGUUGCCAGUCAUGUUGAGACCCAAGCUUGAAGUGGACAAGAAUGUUGUAUCUUUGCAGGGCAGAAACUGUUGGCAGAAUAAAUGUUCCAAAACAAUUGCCGUCAGCAUUCCGAAGCAAAAAUCAGCAAAGAUUCCUGGGCAAAAAGAUGUGGCGAUUCUGCCAAUUUUAUAUAUUUAUUUAACAAAAUUUCUAUACUGCUUGAUUGUAAAUAAAACCUCUAAGUGAUUUACAAACAACAACAACAACAACAACAACAAACAUUAAAAUUGGCAAUAAAAUAUUUAUUUAGAACUAAACACCUGAACUAUUGGCUGUUGACAUACACCUUGUGGCACAAAGUACUUUCUUAACAUUAAUCUUGGAAUUAGGUAAUUAUUGUCCACAAGGGAUCCACAAAUCAUGACUUGGCUAAGGAGCCAGCCAUUAUUUGUAGCUACUUCUACACCCCUCCCUUGAGUACUCCAGUAUGUGCUGAGGGCUUGGGACAAAGGCAUGGUCAUACCUAAUUUGUGUGGAGUUCAGGAAAUAUAAGAAACAGUGAGAGCUUCUCAUCCUGCUUUUGCAAGAGGCUCCUUCUGUUUCUUACCUUGUUCAGAAACUGCAGUAGAAAUGAGACCUCCAUGAUAGGGAUCUGUGUCAUACCAGAUGCUUUAUUUGUCAGAGUGUUGGGUGCCCUUAGCUCUGUCAAACUGCUGAGUUUUACCCCUGCUACUGGAAUGCCUUCGCUAAGGAGGUACACUAACAUCAUAACUACUGCCUGGUUUUAUUGUAUAUUUUGGUAUGCUACAAUAGAAAUACAUCAUUAUUUAUAGUUUUUUUUUCAAUGGAAUCAUUUGGAUGAGUUGUGCAUAUAAUGCUCUACAUAAACUAAAUAAAUUAGGGCAGUAUCUGAUGAAGUAACUUAAUUAAGACAAUAUCUUCUGGCUGUGCCAAAGAACUGCCCUCUCCUUUCCAUGCACCUAAAUUGGUUCUGGGAGGAGGGAGAUUUAAGGAGAGUGGUGGGAAGUUCUGUUGAGCAACCAGAUGUCAUUGUGCUAAUGGAACUACUUUGUUUGAUACUGCCUUCAGUGACCCAAAUAAGGUAGAGAUUUUUUUUCUAAAGGGUAAUCUGCAGUUAUAUAUAAUUGCAUGUAUAUAUAAAGUGGGUGUUGAAUGCCCCAUAUUGCCUGUACAAUCACUAAAAGUAAGCUCUCACUGAGACUACUUCCCUAGAUGAGCUGUAGUGACUUUUAAUUAGAGAUAAAAGCACUGUCCAGUCAUCCAGGGGUGAAAGUAGGCUUUACUUCCCUUGGGUUGAAGACCCAGUUUGGCAACCCCCCAUACAAACACACACAGGCUGGAGCCUCGAUGAUGCCCCUCUGGAAACUUCACCUGAGGCAAAAACUUGGCUAGUCCCCCCCCCCCCCCCCGCUAGGCUCUGCACUGAUCUACCCUCUUUCUUCCUCUGCUCACAGCCCUCCUUCCCAGCUGCACCAGGUUUCUUCUCUGUGCUGACAAGAACAUUUGGACACCGGGUGUAAGCUGUGGCUGGUGUGUAAGGCUGGGCAAAGUAGCCACAAUUGUAUUGCUGUGCCCUUUAAGGCAGGCCUUCUUUCCAACAGUGCCUGGCCAUUUUCCUUGUUUGCGCGCUUGAGCUGCUUUGAAUUGUAACCCUAUCUUUGCCUUCUGCAAGCAAAGUGUUAACUUGUAACAAUAAACGUAUUGAAGUAAGCUAUCCAAAGUAAGUUUUUUUCUUACAAGGAAAUUUGGGGGGCCCAAGCUGAAAGGUGGAUUAGUUUUAAAGAGGCUGUUAUAUCACUGUUUAAAAAGACAUCUAAGUGGAGUUAUUUUCUCUAAGUCACACACAUUUUAAUGGGGGAGAUUUCUGUGCCUACACAAGGGCAGAUUUGAGAAUAUUCUAGGGUGCUUUGGCAAGGAGAUAAUGCUCACAUUCAUUCCCCUGCAAGGAAUAACAUUUCACCUUGUUUGCAUGCCUCAAGAGUUAGGGUUAGCAGAGUAUCUUCUCACUCUGUACUACUAGUCAUAGUGCCAACUGCAGUUCAAAGGCUACAGCUGGAUCUGUUGCCCAUUGUUGCCUUGUGUGGGCUGCAUUUCACUGCUUCCCUCCUGGAUUCUAAAACCUGAAUAAAGGGCCUGUCCUUGUAUGGAAAGAUAUGGAAAAUUAUGAAUGCUAGAUGAGAGUCCUUGGAGAAGGUAAUGAAAACCAAAUUGAUGAUUCAUUCCAAAUUUUAAUCCAAGCCAGGAAUGUGUUCAGGGGUUUGUAGCGUUCUUUCUCCUUUUGAGGUUGGAUUUUACAAUUCUGUGAAGUUACUCUGUGAACCCAGCUCAGGAGAACUUCAUUGGUAUUUUGAUUUGGGAGGCAGGCAGCAUGGAAUACCCUCCUCUUGGUCUCAUGCAAAUCCCCUCUCCUUGUGGUUGGUGUUUAGGAGCAUUAUUAUCCAGGGUUGUUGGAGGCUAAAAACUUGCCAUUUGUAUGGUAAUACAAAAUCAUGUAGCAGAUGAUAAAUGGACGUCUUUGGGUAUCUGUUUUUUGUGAUAGUUUAUAAUGUAUAGUUGAGCAAAAUGAAUGAAAAUAGCCAGAACUUAGUGAUCUAUGUAAUAAAAAAAUGAUACAGUGCAUUAUCUGAAAAGUGGAUUGUCUGGAUCAGAAACAUAUAUUAUCUCUGUUAAAGUAAAUUAGUUGCUGUUUGGCAUGAAUAUUGAGGACUGCUUUUAUGAAAAAACAUGGAUUUAUAUGAAACAGAACAUAGUAAAAAGGAAAAUUGAGUCAGUUAUAAGAGUUGAGUUGAUUGUUAAGGGUCAAAUUCUAACCAUUCAGUAGAAAUGAAACUCAUUGUGCUUCUUACUGGAAAAAUCUGAACAGGAACCAGCAAGGAGCUUGUGUCCUGCUUAUAUUUCCUUCCUAGACAAUCUUUGUAAUACUUUCCAUAUAGGUUUUGUUCCAUUACUCUUGCACUACCCAAUAUUAGUCUUUAGUGUCUCAGAAAUUUUAUAUACCGGUAGUUUGGAGCAGGGAUGCAAAGGGAGAUGUGUGAUAGUGUUCAUGUACGCACCAAAAGCUGGUUUGUGAUUUGGCAGGGUACACUUGGUGCUCUUCAGAUGCUUGUCCAAAGCCUUAAAAACCAUGUAAAAUUUGGUGAAUGCAAUUGGUUGGCAUACAUUGCCAUAAUUGUGAUGGAAAGUUAGUAUCUAUGGAAUUUCUUACAAAUGCCAAAGAUUUGGUUUAGUCUUUUACUGAAAUCCUAUGUAAUUGCUAGACUCUUUCAGUGCUUUUGGACUCUUAUCCCUGGUACUGAGGUAAUACAACCUUUUCUUUCUAUCAUAGAUUUGAGGCAUACCAACACAGCAUGAUUUCUAGCAUUCCUGCUAUUUUGGUAGCAAAAUAUAGGGACAUUUUUUGUUUUCUUAAGACAUCUUUUUUCUUUCUUUUUAGAAUCUGUCUAUGACCUUCUCCCAAAGGAGCUGCAGUUACCACCUUCCAGAGAACUCUCUGUAGCAUCCAUGAGUCAAACAAGUGGUGGUGAGGCAGGUUCGCCCCCUCCGGGUGUAGUUGCUGCUGGUAAGUACUCCACUUGAGUAAAAUUAAGAACUUAAUGCAUAUUAAUAUUGUUGUCAGCAUGAACAGUGCUGGAAAAGUUUGCAGUCUUAAAAAACCCCCACAAGACUAACUUAGACUUAGAAGUAGGGGAAAUUAUUAUUGCACAUUUCCUCUUUUGCCCCUAUGGUGGUGCUGGACUCCUCAGAUAUAUUAUAUUUUGAUGUAGUAGUUGCCAGUUUAGAAUUAAAUGGGAGUGUUUGAAUGGGCCAGAGAAUGCUGCCUUGCAAACCAGGACAGAAAUGAAAUCUGCAGCAGUGUUCUGGGUUUGUAGCUUCUACUUUCAUUUCCCCACCACCACAUGGCUUGAUGAAACCAUGAAUGAUUCAGCUACAUGGCUUUCUGUUUGGUCCUGAAAGUGUUUAGAUGAUGUGUGAAGGGAUAGUUGAUACCUGCUAAAUGUAGGUAUGUUUGAAUCCAGUUACCAAAAUAUUUUUUAAACUUAAGUUAUCACCUAUUCAGCCUCAUACAGUUUGUUCUUUUAAAAUAAAAUUCCUAUUGCUGGAUCAUUUUCUUCUGUUUAGGGGAAUGACAACUGUUUUUGUUAUGAAGGGGCAAACCUGAAUUGGCAGUUGGCAUUCAAAUUCUUGUUCAUCUGGAAUGCCUCCAACUUUAUAAUACCCUCACUAAUGGAUGUGCUCCAGGGUUUUCCUCUCAUGGGCCGAGAUUGCUUGACUGACCAUGUAAUAUUUGUAAUAGAACAUCAUGUGUCUAGCCUAGUCUGGCCUUCUCCAUAAGGCUAUUUAUUAUCAGAGCAUAGCUGGACUAAGCAAUGUGUUCAGUGCAUUAUUCAGUUUAGAUAGGAGUGCCUUCUCUAGUAUGUUCAACCCUGAAAAUGAGCCUCUUGGUUUGGUAGUACAAGGCUUAAGUCUAGGGUAAAACUUUACAGCACUGCUCAAUGCUGAUAUAUUUGAAUACUUUCCCUAAUGAAAUCUGUGGAUUUAAUUGUGUAUUGGGGAGAUUGGUAAUUAGAUCCAAGACUACUUUAGUUAACAAAUCAUCCAGUGUAGCUUCAUUCUGCACUUCAGAAGCUAAUUCAGUCAAAAGAGAACAACAGUUGCAAGAUAUUUUGAAAACUGCUAGCACUUUAAAUCCACAGAAAUACUUUACUGUUGAUUUUCAUAUUUUGAGAUCAUUUUCAAGCAUCUGAUAUAGUUGAUGAGAAGAACUAUGUGUCUGUUCCUUCUAGGCAUUAGUUGUCUGACAGUCAAUCCACUUCCUUUCAAAAACUGAACCUAUGGGAGUUCAUAUUAACAAAAACUAAAGAAAACUAGCAUAUUCCACAAUAUGGUAUUUAUAUAGGGGACCAUAUUAAUUGAAUAAGAAUACUUUUUCAAUAUUCUUUCUAUCUCUUUGCUAAUAGUAUUAAAUGUUUAAUUGAUUAAAUGUUUCUCUGACUUAAAAAACUUAAAAACUUAAAUCCGAAUAAUUACAAUUACUGUGGUCAGCAUCCUACAGUUUGUUCCGAAGGGGUGGUUCACACUUAAGUUUUCAUCAUAGAGACUGCCCCUAGAUUUGUAGUUUUAAAGUUUUAAGUGAGUGAACUUAGACCAAAAUUUAAAAAACAGUUAUUUAUAUUGCAGCAGUGCUGAAUGUAGAUACAGUAGGCUCCAAAUCCAGAUAAUUUAUAGAGAGGACAAUCAAAUUGCUGUAAAGGCUAACUCAGAAAUUGCAGCCUUAACAUGCUGGGAAGAGAAUCAGUCAAGAUAAGCAGAGAUGGAUACUGAAGAGAGACAGAGACAAAAUAGCCGUGAUAACAAUAUGAAGUUUGCCAAGAUUUCUUUUGAUUUCACAUGGUGCAUACCCUCUUAACAUUUCUCCAGUGAAAAUAGGAAUGCUCCAUUCCAUUAUGAUAAUUUUACUAUUUAUACCCCACACAUCUUACUGGGUUGCCCCAGCCACUCCAGGCAGCUUUCAAUAUAUAUAUAAUUAUAAUAAAACAUAAAACAUUUUUAAAAAUCUUCCCUGUACAGGAUUGCCUUCAGAUGGCUCAGGAGUCAAGCAACUCCAUACCCUACAACAUUUCUCCAAUGAAAAUAGGGGUGUCCUAAGAAAAAGUGGGACAUUCUGGGAUCAAAUCAGAAACCGGGACAGCUUCUUUAAAUCAGGGACGUCCCUGGAAAAUAGGGACACUUGGAAGGUCUGCAUGGUGCGUUUGCAGUUCUGCCACCCCCAAUCAUUAAAAAUAUAUUGAAGGAAACUACCUUGUGUGCAGGUAGGAGCAAUAUUAAUCAAGCAUGUCUGGAAUCUUGGAAGUGAGAGUUCUGCUACUUCGGGAUAUUGGAGAAACUGAGGAGAAAGCCCUUAGAGGAGUAAAACCUUCAGCAAAUACAUGAACGCUUAUAAGAAAUCUUGUUGAAUAGGUCACUCAGCUUAAAGCCCACAGACCCUGCUGGUAUGAUAGUGUAUCUCUUCUUUCUCAGCAGCAUUUAUCUGCCAUUUGGGAUUGACUCAAUACCAUAGACCCAAAGAGGAUCCUUCUCCUCCGACAUGGAUAAGCUGAAGUCCCAGCUGAAACUUUGGGCCAGAGCAUUCAUGUGACUCUGCUCCUUUUCUACAGGCAAGGCAAAAGGCACAAAAAGAAUAUAUUUUAGUCAUUGGCUAGUAGUUGAGUUUUAGGAAGACCUAGCAUUGGGAAAUUCUGGAAUUCUAGAAAGCAUUUAUCAUGGAGGGGCUAAUUCUUCCCAGGAGUUCUUCCCAUUUCAGAGUGUGGGCCACACACUCCUUCUUUGAAGAUGCAGGUUGACUUGGCUUUUACAGCUGGGUGUACUAAGCUUCCCCAAAACUGGAUGCAGAGGUCAUUCUGCUUGACCCUGAACCAUGCCAGAGUUCUUUAAGAUGUUACUUGUAGAUGAAGAGGGGGACAUAAAUCAGCCACCACAUUAACAUUCAGGGUAUUGUGCUCUCUGUACAGAACUGUUGUGCCUGGCCUUCUCUUCUGUAGAAAUAAUCAUAGAAUUGUAGAGUUGGAAGGGACCACAAGGGUCACCUAGUCCAACCUCCUGCAGUGCAGGAAUCUGUUGCCCAACGUGGAGCUUGAACCCACAACCCUAAGAUUAGGAGUCUCGUGCUCUACCGACUGAACCAUCCCAAUUUUCAAAGCGCAAUCUAGCUAGGGACUUUGGGAAGAUGGGAGUUAUGGCUGUGGGAUUGUGGAGGGUUUUAUGAGAUUGAAAUCACUUAUAAAAUGGGACAAAGCAUCACUUUCACUCAUUCUAGUCCUUUCAUCAGGCAGACAAGGAUAGCUUCCAAUCAGCCACAUUGUCAAGUGGCUGGGAGGGGAAGGUGACCUUGGACAAUCUAGAACUGCAGGAGCCCAUUCCUUUUAUGUCCAAAAAACAAAACUCCUUAUUGUUUUGUGCAAAUCUGUUGUAUCUAAUCUUAUUUAUCCCGAAGGGACAGUUUUCUGCUUUUUUAUAAUCAGUAAGAAUCCAAAAGCAACUCUUUUUAAAGCUGGUUGCAGUUUCUUCAUGAAGACCCAAGCAAAUAUUCUGUGUUUUGGCUACAUGUAGAGCUCCCUCUUCUUUAUUUAAGCUUUCUGACACAGUUGCCAUUACUGGUGCCAAAGACUAGAUUAAGAGGAGAGAGCUGGUAAAAAAUAUUUUCCUCAUUUAAGACUUUACUUCAUUUGUUCUCUGCUUCCCUAGCCACAGGGUGACACAGUAUCUGGCUGCAAAUCAGAUUGCCCCAGGUUUUUCUUUCAGUGCUUUGAUCUGAGGUUCUGGGACACAUAAGCAGGUUACAUAAAGAUUUUCUGCAGUUAACUUCAGAUUUCUGGAGGAACAGGAUUGGCUGAUUUCAGGUAUGAGGGCCUGCAGGAACAGACCGCUAGUUCUGCUAUUACUGUUUGGCUUCCAAUUUUCAAAUCAGUCUAAACCAUUUUAAAACUGAGUCUUGGUAAUUGGUCUUUUAAGAGCACAUUUGAUUAUUUUAACAUAAAAGGUGUGUUUCAUAUUCAUCAAUCCAAACAUGAGGUGGUUUCUUUGUAAAUUAACCAGCUAUGAAUUCUUAAUUUUAACAUAGUUCUCAGCUUAUUUCUGAACUUUCAUGAUGAACUAUAUAUAGUUAAGCUGGGAAGAGUUGUCUGUCUCUUGAAGGCAGAUACGUCUUGAUAACACCUCUGUGUGUGCGGAGAGAGAGGGAGAGAGAGCUUAUCCUUUCUGUGCAGCCAGUUUAUUUCUAAGUGUCUCUUGCCAGAAGGUGCAGACAGGUGUUUCUUAGCAGGAUACUAGCAUUUAAUGUGAAAUGCUGUGUUUGCUAAGUAGGAAGAAGCAGUGCUUCAAGAAUGGGUCUGAGAAAUGACCUGUCUCAAAUCGGUUGCUUUUUCACUCCCAACACAUAUCUGCCAACCUCCCUUUCACAGUUUGAUAUUAAACUUUAUAGCAUCACAACAAAUGUCUUAAAACAGGGGUAAGCAAACUUUUUCAGCAGGGGGCCAGUCCACUGUCCCUCAGCCCUUCUGGGGGGCCGGACUAUAUUUUGAAAAAAAUAUAUGAAUGAAUUCCUAUGCCCCUCAAAUAACCUAGAGAUGCAUUUUAAAUAAAAGGACACAUUCUAUUCAUGUAAAAACACACUGAUUCCUGGACCGUCCACGGGCUGGAUUUAGAAGGCGAUUGGGCCGGAUCUGGCCCUUGGGUCUUAGUUUGCCUACCUCUGUCUUAAAAACACCAUGCAAAUCUCUCUUGAAUGAGGGGCCAUGACUUUCACAAGGUGGAGAAAGGUCAAGUGCCUUGUUUUUAAUCAUUUUGAUUUGCUUGAAGGUAAAAAAAAUAAAUGCAACAAUAAGUGCUCCUUUAGUUUACUUUUACCCUAAGUCGGUAAAAUUUUAUUUUUUAAUUUUUGCAAGGAAUGCACUUUUAAACUAGAAAUAUUAGCUUCUGUCAUAUUAGGAGCAAGUAGUUGCUCAGAAACUUGAGUAUAAAAACACAUCUUAGGUCAUUUUGACUAUAUUUGUCCAUAAUAGCAAAGGGUUCAUUUGUCUUCUGUAGCUUCUCUUUAUACUUUCUCUUUUGACAUGGUUAAUGUGACAUGAGGCUUAAUUUGCAUGAUAAUGUGCAUUAUACCUCAGAGUACAAUAUAAUUCUGACAAAGUUUCAAAUUCACGUAGUUUAAAAACUGGCAAGAUUCUACAUAUCAGUGGAAAGAGGAGGAGAUAAAUCAUAUUUUUUUAAGAUAGUGAUUUAUGUUGUGUGUGUAUUUGGCAAAAAGGGGACUAGAAGGGAUUCUUAUCUGUCUUCUAAAGGCAGGUUAUGUUGUUUGACAUUGUGCUGUGUGAUCUAACAAUACAGCAUCAAUAGUUUUAGACACACACUGGCACACAUACGGCUCCAGAGAGGCAUAGCAGAGUUCAUUGUCCAGUUAACUUUAUGAGACUUCGGUGGCUGCUUUAGGGAUGGUUUCCUCAUCUGCCUGAAUUGCUGUGCAAUUUAAGCUUAGUCAUGUUCUUCACAAUACACUGCACAAGGACCCUUGCUACAUACAUUGUACCUGCUUUCUUCUUUGCACUAAAUCCAGUAAAAGUAAAUAGGUGGUUUGCCAGUGCCUACCUCUUUUUAUCCUGUUAAAACUCUUUUCUCUUCUUCUCAUAGAAUCUCAGAAUUGUAGAGUUGGAAGGGACCGCAAGGGUCAUCUAGUCCAGCCUGCUGCAAUGCAGGAAUCUUUUGCCUAAUGUGGGGCUCAAACCCAUGACCCUGAGAUCAAGAGUCUCAUGCUUUACUGUGGUUUUUUCUUGACUGAUCAGUUAUAUUUGCUCUUGAACAAAACACAUUUGUUUUAAUAGGAUAGAUUUGGGGUGAGUUUGUUAGCUGUCAGUCUAUGUUUCCACUGAGCAGUAGUUGCAGGGUUUUGCUUAUGCUUAUGGUAAGAACAGGGACGCGGGUGGCACUGUGGGUAAAAGCCUCAGUGCCUAGGACUUGCCGAUCGAAAGGUCGGUGGUUCGAAUCCCCGCGGCGGGGUGCGCUCCCGUCGCUCAGUCCCAGCGCCUGCCAACCUAGCAGUUCGAAAGCACCCCCGGGUGCAAGUAGAUAAAUAGGGACCGCUUACUAGCGGGAAGGUAAACGGCGUUCCGUGUGCUGCGCUGGCUCGCCAGAUGCAGCUUGUCACGCUGGCCACGUGACCCGGAAGUGUCUGCGGACAGCGCUGGCUCCCGGCCUAUAGAGUGAGAUGAGCGCACAACCCUAGAGCCUGGCAAGACUGGCCCGUACGGGCAGGGGUACCUUUACCUUUACCUAUGGUAAGAACACUUGUGAGAUUAUCACGUGUCUCUUACCAGCUUCGUAGAAUGAUGACUAGUGUGAAAAAUUUACCAAACUAAUUAUCGCAUAUUGUAAAGAUUGGACCAGAAAGGACAGUCAUUUCCUUUCUGGAGAAAUGUUAAGUUUAUUUAUCAAGACAAUGCAGCAUUUCCUUGUGUCUGGAGAGGAAUACUGGGCAGGGAUAAAUAGGUAUGAGGGCUCUGAAUUCAUGCUUGCUGGUUGAUUGCAACUGAUUGUCGCUCUUGAGUGGCAGACCACCUAGUCUGAAUUGGUGAACAUGAAUCACCCAACAAAAGUUCCAGGUAAGAAAUAACCACUUGUGCAUCUGUAAAUAUGAGUGUCAAAUUAUGGAUUUCCCGUCUGUCAAAGCAGACUGAAUCCUGUUUUUAAUUGUGUUAAAUAAUACUUGUUUUGGCAUGUGAAUGUAAUGGGGAAUUUAAAAUUGUUUGGGGUUUAAUGUAAGUAACCAACCUACUUUGAAUCUGCCUUGAACUUUUAAAGUAAAUUGGAUUGCUUUUAUGAUAUUUGCUGGGAUGCUAGCUGUUUUCUCUAUUAAUACACUUAACUUGCAUUCUAGCUCCGCCAUUCAGAGACAGGCAUCGUGUGGUGGGUUGUGUGACAGUGUCUGUCAAUAGUGAAGACAAAUAGUACCAGAGACACUUAACCCAUCCAAUCUCACCCAGGGUAUAGGUCGGUCUUGUUUUCAGACUUCUUCAUAAGUCUUUCCUUUCUUUUUCUUUUUGUUUUGUUAUAAAUAGUGGAUUGA